AUGUAAGAAAAUGAGUUUGCAAUUUCAAUUUGCGUUCCUUCCUUCAAAAAAAAUGAUGAUGUUGUAUAUUACCAGUUAAUGUAUGAUAUUUGUAUAUAAUUACAUAUAGAUUUACUGAAAAUAACUAAAGGCAUUCAUUCUCCGUAGAUUAUCGCUAUUCACAUUUAAAAAAACUCCAUGAAUCAUUAUAAACUCUUAAAGGGGACCUGCCGAAGUUUCCUCCGACUAAUUGGUGGAGACCCACCAAUUCCAAUUAAGAAUUAAUAGAGGAGAGAAGAAUUUAAUUGGAUUAUUUCUUUAAGACUCUCCUCUUAUGCAAAGAAGUCUCAAAAAGUUUGAUUUUGAAAAAUUUCAUACUUAAAUCACAAUGUUUGCAUCUCAAAAAGUUAGAGAAAGUAUCUAAAAUUAUAUUUAAAUUAGGAAUAACAAAUUCUGAUAAAAAAAGAAAGAGAAGCUGGAGCUACUCCAAAUAUGAAUUAGAAAAAAGCUAAGUCUUAAGUAUUACUUUUUUUUUUUAAAUCUAGUUAACUACUCCUGUUUGUGGUCCAGCAGAAGAUCCUAUUGAUGAUCCAAGAGAAAGAUCUCGCUCUUGGGAGUUUAAAUUUGUUCAGAAAAAAUCCAAAUCUAUGUGCGUUAAAGAAAAUAAUUAAUUAAAUAAUGUAAAAAUAGUAUUUAAUGAUAGUUAAACUUUGGAGGAGUACCAAUAUUCAAAGGCAUUAUUCUAAAAUUGAAAUGA